AGUGGGUGGAAUCGAAGGUGCUCAUUCUGUUUCUUCCUUUCGAGAGUCCGUGGCCUGCCUGGUCAACGUGAAUCAUGGGAAGGGUCAUUCGGGCCCAGAGAAAGGGACGUGGGAGCGUAUUCCGCUCUCACAAUAAGCAUCGCAAAGGUUGCCCUAAACUGAGAGCGAUCGAUUACGCUGAAAGACAUGGGUACAUCAAAGGCAUAGUUAAGGAAAUUCUCCAUGAUCCUGGGAGAGGAGCUCCGUUGGCUCGCAUCACUUUCAGAGAUCCGUAUAGAUACAAGCUGAGGAAGCAGCUCAUGAUUGCUGCCGAAGGGAUGUACACCGGCCAGUUCAUUUAUUGUGGCAAAAAGGCUGCACUGCAGAUCGGGAAUGUCCUUCCAGUUGGUACAAUGCCAGAAGGAACAAUUGUUUGUAACCUGGAGGAAAAAUCGGGAGACCGUGGGCGCUUGGCAAGAGCAUCUGGGAACUAUGCUACCAUCGUGUCCCAUAACCCAGAUGCCAAAAAAACACGUGUCAAGCUCCCUUCUGGGGCCAAGAAAGUCAUUCCCUCAAACAAUCGCGCCAUGGUUGGGAUCGUGGCUGGAGGAGGACGCGUGGACAAGCCGCUGCUAAAGGCAGGCAGGGCUUACCACAAGUAUAAGGCAAAGCGAAACUGCUGGCCCAUUGUGAGGGGUGUGGCCAUGAACCCAGUGGAGCAUCCUCAUGGUGGUGGUAAUCAUCAACACAUCGGAAAGGCCUCCACUGUUGCUCGUGGAAAGUCUGCCGGACGCAAGGUCUGUUGA